UCCAGCAAACUAAUCUCGACCAAAGAGGUUAAACCCAGGACAGCUACUGAAUGGGUUUACGAGGAAGAGAUAAACAGCGAAUUCUGGGAUGAAAAUGUGGGGGUUUGGCAAUGGAAUUCACCACUAUUUCAGUAAAAUAAGACGGCAACAUCACAAUCAGCUGCUCGGCAGACUGUUUUCCUCUUCUGCAGCCUUUGGGCCUCCCACGUCUAGGCCCCUUCGGAGAGUUGUAGUCACGGGGCUAGGGUUGGUGACACCUUUGGGGUGUGGGGUAGAGACGACUUGGAAGCGCCUAACAGCAGGGCAGUGUGGAGUGAGAGCAAUAACCCCUGAAGAUUUGAAGAUGGAUGGAUUUGAUAAAGAUAUCCAGUUGCUUACAUUUGAUCAGUUGGCAUCCAAAGUUGCUGCAAUUGUGCCUUGUGGGAGCAACGCGGGUGAAUUCAAUGAGGCGUUGUGGCUAAAUUCUAAGGACCAUAGAUCAAUUGCAAGGUUUAUAGGCUAUGCUCUAUGUGCUGCUGAUGAGGCUCUUAAAGCUGCGAAUUGGUUGCCUAGUGAACAAAAUGAGAAGGAAAAAACUGGCGUCUCCAUCGGGGCAGGAACUGGGAGCAUCUGUGAUAUAUUGGAUGCAUCGAGAAUAAUUUGUGAGAAGCGCCUACGCCGGCUCAGUCCAUUUUUCAUCCCACGGAUACUGAUCAAUAUGGCUUCUGGGCAUGUGAGCAUGACUUAUGGGUUCCAGGGGCCAAAUCAUGCUGCAGUGACAGCCUGUGCUACCGGAGCGCAUUCUAUAGGCGACGCUGCUAGGAUGAUUCAAUUUGGAGAUGCUGAUGUCAUGGUUGCUGGGGGUACUGAAGCCAGUAUAGAUGCAUUGUCAAUAGCAGGAUUUUGUAGAUCGAGGGCAUUGACCACAAAGUACAAUUCUGUCCCUGAAGAAGCUUCAAGACCAUUUGAUUGUGGCCGUGAUGGAUUUGUGAUAGCUGAAGGUUCUGGUAUCAUGGUGUUGGAGGAACUAGAACAUGCACAGAGGCGAGGAGCUAAAAUCUAUGCAGAACUCCGUGGUUAUGGGAUGUCAGGUGAUGCAUAUCACAUUACACAACCACAUGCUGAUGGAAGGGGUGCCAUUUUAGCCAUGACACGUGCUUUAGAGCAGUCUGGUCUCCAUCCUAACCAAGUGGAUUACAUUAAUGCCCAUGCUACAUCUACACCUUUGGGUGACGCUGUCGAAGCGAAUGCGAUAAAGUCUGUAUUUUCAACACAUGCAACAUCUGGUUCUUUGGCCUUGUCUUCUACAAAGGGAGCUAUGGGCCAUCUUCUUGGGGCAGCUGGAGCUGUGGAAGCAAUAUUCACUGUUUUGGCUAUACACCAUGGGAUUGCUCCAUUGACACUUAAUCUAACAGAACCAGAUCCAGUUUUCAGUAAUGACUUCAUGCCUCUUACUGCUUCAAAGGAGAUGAUUAUCAAAGCGGCCAUGUCAAAUUCUUUUGGCUUUGGGGGAACAAAUUCUUCCUUGUUAUUUUCUUCCAUCUCAUGAAUCUGUGUCAGCUCUAUUAGUCUUCGAAACUCUUUUUUGUUCAUCAGGGAUAGCAACAAAUACUGAAGAGUGUAGAACCUCCUGUUUCAGUGAGACAGAAUCGCAACAUUUUUUUUUUGAUUUGGUAGAUUCAUUUAUAGAAUGUUUGUGUGGUGAUGCCCAUAGAGUUCUCAGUUAUGAAAUGGUGGCUUGUAUGCAAUCAAUUUUGGGAUGAUGAAUCAGUAUGGAAAUGAAUUUGCCAUCAUCAACUGCUAAGAAUCAGUCAUUCGGUUCG